AGCGACAGCGUAGCGUAGCCAUGCCACCUCGAAUACCACCACUGUCGUGCCUGCGGGCGUCGACUUCAUCGUCAAUCGCAUCCCAAUUCACCCUCCCCAUUCGAACUUUUGUUUCUACCGCCCGUUUACAGGCAGAAUCUGAGGAACGCCGGAAGAAGCGCCUGGCGAACGACCCCUACAUCAUUGCGCAGCGAAACCAGAAGAAGGCAGCCAACUUGACACGCCGCGCCGAACUCGAGCGAGAACGGAUAGCCAGCCUCGGAGACCCAGUCCGCGGUGUCCCAACUCCCUUCGUCGAGUCGUUUGGUACUGCAAAACCAGUUGCUCGUGAUGAGAGAAAGAUUACACCAGAGGAGCGAAUCCAUCUGAACUACGCCUUCGACCCCAGCACUGUCGAGAAGCAACUGAAGAAGAGCGAGACGCUAGCUGUACCACUAAGUGAGAUCAAACCGCAAGACACGACAGCGACUUACCCAUGGGGCAAUUCCAUCAACUACCGCGAAUCAGAUGCGAUUGAGAAGUCGGUUGAGGAGGUGGAGGAGCAAAACAAGAAAAACCAUGCACGUGCUGUAGAGGCUAUUGCACGCAUUACAGCGUUGGAGAAUGGAUCGAGUAAGGACCGCAUGCGUGCCAACAUUGCGCGCUGCGUUGAAACCUUUGGACGCCACAACACCGACAGGAUAUUUCCGCCAAAGGCACCCUCACUAAGCCGAUCUGGAGCUGACCAAGCGCACACUAUUCGCCCGGAAACAAACAUUGCUGCGGCAGCUAAGCGCGUUGGACCAGAUACUGGAUCACCAGAGGUGCAAAUUGCUCUGCUCACCGCCAAAAUCAAGACGCUUGCGGACUUUUUGCAGUCGCGAGGGAAGAAUGACAUGCACAACAAGCGGAACUUGCGGUUGCUGGUUCAUAGGAGACAGAAGUUGUUGCAAUAUCUGAGGAGGAAGGAGAGAGGUGGUCCGAGGUGGCAGCACUGCAUUGCCAUGCUUGGCUUGACUGAGGGUACAUGGAGAGGCGAGAUUUCCUUGUAAGAGCACGGGCGAACCCGACGUCGUAACAGUCCAACUUGAUACUCAUUGUUCAGUCAACGAUGCUAUUUCACAUGUCGGAUCAAUCAUGUAUAACUAUACCCAACGCCCCAUGGCAAAUGUACCACCAAGGAACAACCAAGUGUGAAA